AUGAAGCCGUAUCGCUCAGAAGCCCUCCUACGAAUCCGAAUCAACAUACUGGCCAUUGGCUUCUUGGCGGUUACCACGUAUUUGCUCCCCAUACCAUCAAUUUUUGCUGCUUCACGCGUUACAUGGCGAGAACUGCGGGGAAAUGGACUCAUGGCCCUUCUAGGUGGGGGCUUAUAUGAGUUCAUCUGCUUAUUUGAAUCUCUCGUGGUGGUCAUAGUGCUAUUCAACAUCGUUCAAGCAGCGUUUGCCCUACGUUUCCCUCGGAAGCCAUUGCCUCCGAAAUCAGUUCCACCUACUCCGAAAAUCAAUGCGGCUUCACCAAUGACACAAAAGAAAAAGCUGUCCGAAGCACUUUCACCUUCAGCUGCUUCUCCUCAGCCACAAAGGCCGUUUCCCACCCCAAACACAACAAACUCUUUCAACCUCUCACUAGCGUCGCCAUCUCCUCGCAAUGGGCUAGGAGACAGCCCAAGCGGAAACCCGAACUCAUCAACGUUUACGUUUGGGUCCUCAUUUGGAUCCCCCUCACCUGUAUUAUCGGCGUAUAGGGGUAAACAUAGUAGUGGGGCUGGUCGUGCGCUGGAUGCACCAUUCCUCAAUCGGCUCUUAGCUGCGCAACAAGGCGAUGACGACGACGAAGACGAACUUUCACAACGAUAA